CCGGUCUUCAGGGCCGGGCAAGGGUAUAGGGAACUUUGAGCCGGUGGACCCCGGGUCUUGUUGGUCUAAGGCUGGGCUCUCCCCAGUUCCCGCGGCAUCAGAGGCGCUUACAGAGGCUGCACGAACGAGUGGGAGGUGGCCUGACCCGACCCCCACCCGCCUGUCUUCUGCACUGUUGUGUCCCGGGAUCUUAGUUGCCAUUCCCCAAGUUUUGAGUCUGGGGACCCUGGGGAAACCCCAGGCCCGCGCCAGGAGUUCUGUGAAGGGGUUUCCGUUUCUGGCAACCAGUGUGCGUGCAAGGCUAUGCGGGGACUGGUAGCGGAGUGUGCGCACGCCCGAGUUAACACUCAGCUGCACCUGUUCGGAACGCACCGUUCUGUUUUUUGGCGGGUGAGAGCAAAGAGCAGGGGACGGCAGUCGGGCCUGGAGUGACUGCCUGAGAAGUUGGGCGUGUCCUCUGGUGGUCAUGCGAGGCUUGGGUGUGCGAAGCUACCUGAUGUUACCAAGGUCUUCAUAGGAUCCAGCCCGCUGUGGCAUGGAGUGUAGACUGCGGGCUGCGGGAGGAUGCAGGAAGAUCAGGGUGGAAGCUGCUGUCAGAGUUUAGGUGAGGGUUACUGGCCCAGAGUGCUGGCUUAGGUGUCAUUGGAUUCUGGAUAUGUGUUUUGAAAAAGUGACCACUGAUUUGCUAAUGUGGACCAAGACAGGGUGAAAGGGAGGCUUCAGGGAUAUCUGUAGGGUUUUUGUAUCUGUAGCUGUAAGAAUGGAAGCUCCAUUGACUGAGAUGAGGGAGUUGGUACUGUGAAUGUUGUUGGUGGGAGAUGUUCUGGAGAGCUCUGAGUGGAUGCGUUGAGAGAGCAGCCAGAUACACCAGUCUGGAACUCUGCGGAGCGGUUCAAAGGGGAACAUCUAAAAACAUCAUGGCUAGUCUGUGGGCCCAGGUGAGUGAGCUGUGGGUCCCAGUUGUGAGAAGUUGUGAGUCUUCUGGUUGUGGUGGUAAAAAUGUUACGGUGCCAGGAAGUUGGGGGAGGAAGGAGGACUAGGACUGGAUACUUAGAAGAUGGUAUGACUUCGAGAUGAGGGAUGUGAGUGGCUAUGAAGGGAGAGUGCGUCAGGAAUAGGAUACUUGGGGAGGUGGCCAAGGUUUUCAGUGGAGGAGUAGACAUGAGAAGGACACAGAAGCUCAGAGGACAUGAUGACACUCGGGCCUGUGCUGCUGGUGCUUCUCCAAUUUGAACUCCAUCAGGGUUUUGUGAGGACUGUGGUAGGGCUUGGGGUGUCUCAUCCUGGAGGAAUAAGGUCAGGUGUAUGUGCUGAUGUGAUCAUCUGUGAGAGUCACUAAGCCUAGGGUAGGCCACCAAGGAGCCUUGCUUUGGAAGAAGGUCAGAUGGACAGAGGAAGAUGGUGAUUGCUGAGUGGUCACGUGCUGCACAGGUGGAGGAGGACCUUGUCUGGUGCAAGGUGCAGUAACUCAAGGCCUGGGUGUAAGUUCUCCUCCACACUCUUCUGCUAUUGGGAAGGCCUCCUACUAAUUAAACAACUUUUUCAUCAAAGGUGUGUUUCCUGCUUAUCCCUUUGGAUGGGUUUCAGUGCCCUGCCAGCCCAUGGAGUUACUCAGACAAGCCAAUCCCAUCCUCUUACAGGAAUCUCACCCUCUCAAUCCUAUGAAGCUUGCAUUCCCCAGCUCCUGGUUAUUCACUCUUUUUCAGAGUGCCACCCCAUGUGGGCCUGUGUGGGAUGUGGUGUCCCUCUCCCAGGUUGUGAAUAUCUGUGAUCACUAAAAUGUUGUCCAUCUCCUCUGUCCGUGGUCAGGUGUCAUGUGUUGACCAUCCCCAUAACCCUAAGGUGGGACUCCUGCCCUCAGCAGUGGGGUGAAGAGGAGGUGAUAAAAAUACCAGUGACGUGCGGGGGAACCCAGGGAGAUUUCCGUGGUGCGGGACAAUGAGUUGUGGUGACCAUAGGCAUGUGGCUGUGGAAUUCAGGCUCGAGAACAACGUGUACUUGGGGAGGGAGUAUGCCUCAUUGAUGCCAGGGCCCUGGUUUUCAGCAGAAUAACCCAGAUGGCCAGGAGGAUCCCUCUGUGCCAGGUCCACAACUUAGAUAUUCAGUCGUCUACCUGCAUCUUGUGUCAGCAGGACCCUCUGAUCAGUGGGCCCACGAGGAAACAGUGGCAUCACGGCAUCCAGGCACUGGGGUGUGGUUUUUCUUCUCAGUUGGGAUGAUCGGGGGAGGAUGGGUAUAGGGUAGAUGUGGGUGGGAAAAGGGAUAUGGGCUCUUGGGAGAGGAUCUUUCUGUGGUUUCAUCUGUCCCCAUCCUGCCAGGGCAGGGUGACCUUUGAAGACGUGGCUGUGUACUUCUCCUGGGAGGAAUGGGGUCUCCUUGAUGAGGCUCAGAGAUGUCUGUACCAGGAUGUGAUGCUGGAGAACUUGGCACUUGUAACCUCCUUGGGCUGCAGGCAGGGAGCAGAGGAUGACGAGGCACCUGAGCAGAGCAUUUCUGUACAAAGAGCGUCGCAGGUCAGGACUUUCCGGGCAGUUGUGUCUCCCCAGAAGGCCCAUCCUCGUGAGGUGUGUGGCCAGGACUUAAGAGACCUUUUGCUGUCCAGUGAGCACCUGGCAACACUUUGUGGACAGAAUCUCUACAGAAUUGGGGCACACAAGGGACAGUUGUAUGUCGAUGCAGACCAUCCGUACCAGGAGCAGCACGCUGGAGAGAAAUGCUUCAGAAGCAACAUAGGCAGAGCUUCUUUUGUGAAGGACUACAAAUUCUGUGUGUUAGGGAAACCCUUUUCCUGUGGGGAGGUGACAUCUUGGCCUGUGAGGGACAUCUUGGCCACCUCGAGAUUCCUCCAGCAUCAAGCCCCACCCAGCAGGGAGACGUCAUACAGGAGGACUGAGUAUGGGGCGUCCUCCCGUGGAAGGAAACUGCAAUGCAGCUGGGCAGAAGGCACAAAGGACUUCAGUUGCAAACACACACUUGCUUAUCACCAGAGAGACCUCACUAGAGAAAGAUGCUUCAUGUGCAGUGAAUGUGGGAAAUCUUUUAGCAAGAGCUACAGCCUCAGGGACCACUGGAGAGUGCACACUGGGGAAAAGCCUUACAAGUGUGGGGAAUGUGGGAGGUCGUUUCGGCAGAGCUCUAGCCUCAUUCGGCACCGGAGAGUUCACACUGGAGCAAGGCCUCACGAGUGUGACGAAUGUGGCAAAUUAUUUGGCAACAAGUCUAACCUCAUUAAACAUCGGAGAAUUCACACUGGAGAACGGCCGUAUGAAUGUAGUGAAUGUGGGAAAUCCUUCAGCGAAAGCUCUGCACUCCUUCAACACCGCAGUGUUCACACGGGAGAAAGGCCUUAUGAGUGCAGCGAGUGUGGAAAAUUCUUUUCCUACCACUCCAGUCUCAUAAAACACCAGAGAGUUCACUCAGGAUCAAGGCCCUAUGAGUGCAGUGAAUGUGGAAAAUCCUUUACUCAAAACUCCAGCCUCAUCGAACACCGUAGAGUUCAUAGUGGAGAAAGGCCUUAUAAGUGCAGCGAAUGUGAGAAAUCUUUUAGCCAAAGCUCUGCACUGCUUCAACAUCGGAGAGUUCACACUGGAGAGAGGCCUUAUGAGUGCAGUGAAUGUGGGAAAUUCUUUACUUACAGUUCUAGUCUCCUCAGACACCAGAGAGUACACACUGGAUCAAGGCCUUAUGAGUGCACUGAGUGUGGGAUAUCCUUCACUCAAAACUCCAGUCUCAUUAAGCACAGGAGGAUUCACACUGGAGAAAGACCUUAUGAGUGCAGGGAGUGUGGGAAAUCCUUUAGCCAUAGUUCUAGCCUCAUUAAGCACAGAAAAGUACACGCUGGAGAAAGGCUUUAGGAGGACAGUGACUUCGAAACGUUCACUGGGUCUUCCAUUUCAGUGACCAUUCAAAUAUUCAUACUGAAACGGCUCUAUGAGUUUUGAAUGUGGGAUAUUCUUUACCUAGGAGUCCAAACUCCUAAAACACUACUGGGUCCCCCUUGACGAAGGCCCGUGAGUGCGGAGAAUGUGGAAAAUGGCUAACCAAAGGCUAACCGCAUCACACCCCAGAGAACUCAUGAAGAAAGCCCUUACAAAAGCCUCGAAAAUGAGAAAGCCUUCUACUGAAGGACUUGACGUCAUAGGAGUUCACAAAUUUCAAAUGGGACAACUACCUUAACUGCGCAGGUAUUUAUUUGAUGAGAGUAACAGCACUGGAGGAAAUCCCUCAUGAAGGUGCCAUUUGCCUGCGUUGACGUUCAUACAUUCAAACAUCGACAUAAAUCCCAGGUAUGUAGCAGCUGCACUGCAGUCUUUGAACCUGCCCAGGGCCGGAUCCCAGUGUCAGGACAAUUGCUGGAGGACUGAUGAGCAGCCUGAGCACUUACUCCUUCCCCAUUUUUCUUCUCUGAGGAGAGGGCAUGGAUCUCGCCCAGUUUUGUCCUAGAGGACUGUUGGUGAUUUGAAAAGGAGGAUGGCAUAUCAGGGAUGUAUCGUCCUUGUGAAACUCUGAAGGCAUUUCCCCAGCCUCCAAAUCACCAACCCAGGAACGGUCUGCCUCCCAUUGCUCUUGCUGUACGACAAUAAAGAUCAUAUUUUUUAAGCCACCAUUAA